AUGAAAAACACAACAGCGCUCCCAAUCCCACUACCACCACCACCAGACAACAACAACUCCUCCCUCACCAUCCGCUGGGACGACCGCGAAUCCUUCCCCUCUUGCAGCACCUUCGCCUUUGCCUGGAAUAACAACUCUACCAGCAACUGGGAUUCGUUCACACCCAUAUUGUUCUCUGAUGAUGAUCCGAAGGAGAACAAGAGUGCCAGGAUCUUGGAAUGGCCUGGUAAGGUCCACGUAGAGCUUUGGUGCUCAAGCAACGACAACUCCAACCCCAAGACUGCAGAGACUCUUUGUGGCAGGUCUCCACAAUUCACCUUCUUCCAGCCCCUCAACCACACCGCCUCCACUAAUCUCCUAAUCACCAACGUCCCCACCGAGACCUAUGAAGCCACAACCACCCAUUAUGUCCCGACGACUGGCCAACGAAGUCGAGGGGAUUAUGGUGAUGGAGAGCAUCUGCGGGGUGGAGGAGGGCAUAGGGGAGAUGAUGACCCAGAGACGGGGUCGAGGGGGUCGUCGAUGUCGUCAUUGACGACAUAUGGUCGCUUCCGUUCGUAUAGGGUCACCCCGCCCUGGAGUCUGACCUAUGAUAGAGACUGUGGUAACAGAGAAGAUGAACAGUCUUAUGGUCGCACAUACCCACAAGUGCCUCCUGUUCAUAUCUCGCCUCCGAUAUUGGUCGGUGAUCCUGCGGUCCAUCGGCAGCAUCAGAAGCGCGCAGCGGCACUGAAUAUGGACACUACUCAGAUGCAAACUGCAGGCGGUUCUGGAUCUAGUCCGUUGCCGCCUGUUUCAGCCACGUCCUCGAGGUGCCGUGGCCGCCCGUCUGCGUCUACAAGGUACCCAGCCACAGCUCCCGGAGGAGGUGUCGCGACCAUCGCCUCAGCAGCCCACGCGUUACAACCCCGCACAGCACUAGCUCCAGUAUCGUCCGUACCCUCGUCAUUCACGUCGAACGAGUCCGAGAUUCCUCCGACCCACCCCUGGGGUCCCUUCUCCGGCCGCACAUCCCCCUUCCAUCGAAAACUCACCACAAUUCCCUCUCGCUCCUCCUCCUCCUCCUCUCGGUCGUCGUCGAUAUUCUCAAAACUGUCGACUCUGAGUUCGGUGUCUCCAUUGCCGAUGGACAAGGAACAAGGUCGUCGUGUUCGCCAGGGGUUUGAGGCCCACAUGGUGAAGCUCCCGAAACCGGCUUCCCUGACGCGGACGCAUAUCAGUCCCCCAAUUCGCUCGAUCAUGUCCAUCUCGUCUGAAGAAGGCCACGUCCUGGCUCGACAAGAUGUCCUCAUCCGAAUGGAGGAUGAUGCUGAUGACUAUGACAGCGAUAUGGACGUUCGCGAACACCAGUUCAAGAAGUCGACGAGCCGGUAUUCGAAUCGCAGCCGCACGCGCAAUUCUCGAGAUACCUUUCACAUCCGCCACAGCAGUGACCACAACUAUCCCCACCACCUCCCGAAUCAGUUGAAUUCGUCCGCAUUGACGUCGUCGCGUCAAGGCCUUCGUCAUCAUCAGCACCAGCAGCAGCAACAGCCGCUGUACAGCCCUCAUCGGAAUAGUCUUGCCAGAACUAGUUAUUGCUCUUCUAUCGUCCCUCUUACUCCCAAGAUCCCACAGCAGUACAUCUCCUCUUCCUCUGCAGAGAGUUGUCUCUCCCGCGGAUCCUCGGCUGUCACGUCGUUGUCGAGACCGAUUGGGUAUGACCCCGAAUGGAUCGACACCACCGAUGACGAUGGAAACUACGAUAGUGACUACAGUCGGCAUGGUGAGUGGCGAAAGAGCGAUCAUGGGAGGACGAAAGAGAGCGAAGAGGCAUGGAGGAAAGGAAGUGAGAUGUCGAAACCGAUCUCGAGUUCGGUCAUGAAGACUGUUCGGCAUGAGAGAUCUAGGGUGUCGCCGGCGCUUCCGCUGAGCAAGGAAUCUAAAUGGGCGCGGGAGCGGGAGCGGGAGAGUGCAGUGGCACAUCAACCCCAAGCAACAAUGUCAUCGAGGAGGGCGGCAGCACAAACACGGAACUAUAGCUAUGACGACGACGAGGAUGACGAGGACGUCCUCUCUGCCAGCGAGGAAGGCGACGACAUCGAAGAAGGCGAUGAGGAAGAGAUGGAUGACGAAGAGGAGGAAUUGAGUCAAGGUGAUUCCGAGGACGAUGAUGUCUAUACCUCGUCGAACGGUAAACAGCAACGCGGAGGUAAUGCCAAGGGAGCAGCAGCAGCGGCAUCUGGGUCUUCCAAAGCCGGCAGUGGUCGUACAGGAGCUGCUAAGGGAUCGAGCAGACAACAGCAACCGCAACAGACGGCCCGACAGGCAGCAGCGACCAGCAAGUCUGCCCAGAAAUCACAAGCAUCCAACAGCCGCCGAGGCGGCAACAACAACAACACAUCAGCGGCAGAACGGAGCGCAUUCCUCGUGCCAUCCUCGACGCGUUCUCGCAAACCGGCCAUCAACUAUGCAGAGCCCGAGGAGUAUGAUGACGAGGAGGAAGAGGAAGAUGUGUUUGAUGAGGAGGUGGAUGAGGAUGGUGAGGGACAGGAUGAUGAAGGCGAGGAAGAUGAAGAGGAAGAUGAGGAGGAUGAGGAUGAGGAUUCAGUGCCUCCUACUCCUGCUUCUUCGUCUUCUACAAGGCGCGGUGGAGCACAGCAGGCUCAGGCACAGGCACAAGCACAAGCACAGGCAGCAGCAGGUCAGGCGAACUCUAGAUCGCGAUCUUCGGCUAGGAGGGCUGCUGUUGCGGCUGCUGCUGCUUCAGCUGCGACAGCGCCUUCGACCCGGAGUACGCGCAAGGGCGCUACCCAGAAACGUCGAAUGUCGACGCCGAUGAGCUCGGAGGGCGAGGACGAGGACCAGGAAGACGACGAGGGCACGACGACGACCAACAUGUCGACCCCGAUCGGUCACAACACCCGCUCUCGAUCAUCAUCCCCUCGCAAAAAGCAGCAGACACAGCAAUCAUCCAACUCAGGACGAUCAAGGAACCGUGAAAUGGACAUGGAAAUCGAAGACGAAGAGGAGGAUGAUGAUGAAGAGGAUCAGGAUGUUGAUAUGGAAGAGGACGAUGAUGAGGAUGUCGACAAUAGGAGUCUGCAGGAUGAAGAAGAGGAGGAUGAAGAAGGUCUUGGGGAAGAUGAGGAGGAGGAUGAAGAAUUGGUGGAUGAAGAAGAAGAUGAAGAGGAAGAGGUUGAGGUGGAUGAUGAGAUGGAAAUGGAUGAUGAGAAUGAGGAAGUUGAGGAGGAAGAUGAGGAGGAGGACGACAUCGAGAACACAAAGCCGUUACAACCCAAGGCGGCUGGUGCAACAUCUGGAUCUGGAUCCUCCAAGGGUGGUGCUUCUACAACGGGAAAGGGCAAAAAGGCGGCACCACAGCAGCAACAACAGGAUGAUGAUGAUGACGAGGAAGAUUUUAGCGAUGACGAUUUCUCGAAUCCUCAACGCGGGAUGGGCUUUGGAGGCCAGUUGACCAAACGCCAGCGAUCCAAACUGGAUGUCCAUGAUGUCUCCCUCGAGCUCUUUGAGCUUCCCGUCGCGCAAUCGAGGAAGAGAAUGCAGACUGAGGAAGAGAUGGCGCUGAAGCGAAGCGAGAUCACGCGUCGCCGCAAGAACCAGUCCGCGCAACGUGCAGAACAGGACAAACUCGAGACCAUUAACCGACUCCUCAAAAAGCAAGCCGGGAAACGUAAAAUCGGCGCCCAGGACGAUGAUGAGGGCGGCGCUGGUGCAGGAGAUGACAAGCGGAUGGAGGGUUUUAAGGGAGGAAGGCGGUCGAAUCGGUUCAUGACCCCUGUGAGCUAUUUGAGUGUACGACAUACGACUCAGGGUACUACGCUGUCAAUACCGGAGGUCUCGCUGGGCGAUGUGCCGUUGUGGAUGCAGGAGACUAUUCCUUCUGUUGAGUCGAAGGGAGGGAAGAAGUAUGGUGAGGAGGUUGAGCAUAGGGUAAUUGAGGUAUUGGAGGUACCGGUUGUGCCGCUGAAGGAGCCUACGUACCCAGCGCCUCGGGGUCUGUGUGCGGUGGUCAACUGUGAGCAGGUGUGGAAGUAUCGUGGGACAAAGAGCAAAAAGGUUGCAUGUGGGCUUGCACAUCUGAAAGUUAUCGAGACCGAGGCAUAG